AUGGUGUUGACGGCGAAAAUCGCCGAAGAAGAUGUUGGAUUGAAAGGAACUGGAAGGGGCAUGGAAUUGGUAAUUAACCCGGGAGAAUGGUUGAUUAUAGUCAAGAAUUUAGUGCUCCAAGGAUUCUGCUGGGGGACCAGACACAGUGGCUGGCCGCAAUGGCUCAACGCUCAGGCCGUUAAACUAAUGGAGACUCAUUCAACUUCCCCGAGACGCCAACCAUGGUUCAGCGGUCGACGGUGGGCGGAGUUUCCGACGAGUCGACCAAGAGUCCAUGACGAAUACGGAUUCAUCUUGAACAUUCUCGACGCCAUGGGAAGUUGUCUGCAGGGACAGUGGGUGUGGAUAGAACCAGGCUUGCAUGAUAUCCCUACCGGAGAGCAUCCACCGGAGAUGGAGCCUGACAGCUGGCCAUGGCUUAUUUGUCCAACCCGCCCCGCGGCUGUUAGUAUCCAGAUCUUCCAAUCCCCAAUCCCCGAUUCCCCUGACCGGACGCCAAUUGCCCAAGCAAGCAAUAUCUCCGUGCCCGGCGAGGCCUCAUCCAUCAGCACUUAG